ACCACCAUUUCAAUCCACAACCCUCUACAACACAACUACACACCUACACUUACACAACUACGUACACAGCUACACGUACAAUGGCAACCUCACCGGAAUCCGAGCAUCCGAUCAAGGCGUAUGGUUAUGCGGCCCGCGACACGUCUGGAUUACUUUCCCCUCUCACCUUCUCCAGAAGGGCUACUGGAGAGAAAGAUGUGAGGUUCAAAGUUCUUUACUGCGGAAUCUGUCAUUCCGAUCUUCACGUUGUCAAAAACGAAUGGGGAUUUACCAAGUACCCGAUUACUCCAGGGCAUGAGAUUGUUGGUGUGGUGACAGAAGUAGGAAGCAAAGUGGAGAAUUUCAAGAUUGGAGACAAAGUUGGGGUUGGGUGCUUGGUGGGAUCAUGUAGAUCAUGUCAAAGUUGUGCUUCUGACUAUGAACAGUAUUGCGAUAAGCAGGUACAAACUUAUGGUUUCACCAACUUUGAUGGCACACAGACGUACGGUGGAUACUCCGAUCACAUGGUUUCAGAUGAGCAUUUUGUACUCCGUUGGCCGGAGAACUUACCACUUGAUUCUGGUGCACCGUUGCUAUGUGCUGGGAUCACAACUUACAGCCCUCUCAAGUACUUUGGAUUGGACAAGCCUGGUACGAAAGUGGGCGUGGUUGGGCUCGGUGGGCUCGGUCAUGUUGCUGUGAAGAUGGCUAAGGCUUUUGGGGCAGAAGUUACUGUUUUUAGUACUUCCCCUGCUAAGGAGAAAGAAGCAAUUGAGGGACUUAAAGCUGACCACUUCGUAAACAGUAAAGAUGAACUUCAAAUGCAGGCUGCUAGAGGCACACUCGAUGGCAUCAUCGACACAGUGUCCGCAAAUCAUCCAAUUGCGCCGUUGCUUAAUGCACUUACACCCCAUGGAAAGCUUGUUCUUGUUGGUGCACCUGAGAAGCCACUUGAAGUAGCAGCAUUUUCGUUGAUCAUGGGAAGGAAGCUUGUUGCGGGUAGUAACAUUGGUGGAAUUAAAGAGACUCAAGAAAUGCUUGACUUUGCAGCAAAGCAUGGGAUAACUGCCGAUAUAGAGUUGAUACCGAUAGACUAUGUGAACACAGCCAUGGAGAGGCUGUUGAAAUCGGAUGUGAGGUACCGAUUUGUGAUCGAUGUAGCCAACUCGAUCAAGGCUGAAUAGGUUGACUCUUGAAGUUCUUGCUGAAUGUUGUAUUUGUCUUUAUAGUUUUGAGUAUUUGUGAGCAUGUUAUAGGGAAGUGAGAGUCCUAAGGCUUCGUUUGUAUGCAUUUGUUUUUGGUAUUGUUAAUAUAUGUAUCAAACUAACAAAAUCCCAUUUUUAUGCAUUUAAAUUUAAUUUUAUUCAUUUU